UCUUAGCCGUAUCUACAUCCAGAAUAGACUGAGGUUGAUUUACCCUGCCGCAGAGGAGGACAACCUGGGCCCAGUGAGGUUAAUCAGUCUUCACAAGGUCAGGUCUGCUGACCCCACUAAUCAGCUUGAGCCUCCUAAUCCACUGCCAGCAGGAACCUCAGGACACACAGUAGUGGCUUGGGAGAGCUGGCAGGGGCCAUUUUGGCCUUCUUCUGCAGACUUGGUCUGGGAGGGGAUGGGGCAGCUGAGCCAUGUGCACCACCCUCUUCCUGCUUAGCACCUUGGCCAUGCUCUGGCGCCGCAGAUUCGCCAACCGGGUCCAACCAGAGCCCAGUGGAGUGGAUGAGGCAGUUACGGGCAGCAGCUUGGAAAGAGACCUCCAGUCCUCAGGCAGGUAAGGCAGAGGCGAGUCUGGGGUGGAGGAGGGAGGGUGCUACCAAAGAGGCUGCCGCUGUCCCCUGGCCCUGUCCGUGAUGAGCAGGGGUGUGUGUGUGUGCUGUAUGCUAGCCCUCGCCCCAGCCACCCUGUUCCCUGUAUGCCUGGUGGGCAGGCUGACUGUGUUCUCCAGUUGGGAAUGGGAGCCCCCAGCUUCUCUGGACCAAAGCUGCUCUGCUUUGCUUGUCUGGGUGCAGGGUGGUCCCCAAGGUUCCUUCUGUCAGAAGGUGCAGGGGCAGUGGAGAGAGGGAUGAGGCAGACGCAGCUCAGCGUUGCUUUGCUCGCCUUCCCUCCCCCGUCCCUCUCCCGCUGUCUCCGCCCAGCCUCAGCGGCUCCACUGCCUGAGCCUCCAGCGGGAUUCGCUGUCCAGUCCCCAAUAGGAGGCGCAGGAGGAGCAUGACAUCAUCGGCUCUGAGCGCCAUUGGCUGGGCAGCCCCUGGGGCAGGACACUGUCUCCAGCAGCCAGAAAGUUAACUCUUCCCUAGGCUGAAGCCAUGUGGCCUUUACAAGGGGUGAAGUUUUGGGAACUUCCAGACUUUUCUUUCCCUGGAUGACCAGUGUCCUUUGACGAUAGGGGCUCU